AUGUCCCUCAACCCCUACCAGAACACCAACUCCUCCGACCGCCGCAAUAUCUUCAACUCCCAGCGCCGACGCUCUAUGCCUCCCCUCAAAGACGACUCAGACAGCGACAGCCUAUACGACUUCGACGAUGGAAGCUACAGGCCCUGUAUGUUCGGUACUGAUAGACCGCACACGAUGAGUGGAAGUAGAGGGGCAGCCAUGUGUCCACCAGUAGCAGAUCGCUGGUCGCGCCAUCAUGAUCUUCCCAACGCCUUCCCUAGAGGCCAAGCAGGAUUCCAAUUCCACCGAGGCGGACUUGGUGAUUCUAGUGGUGUCGGCCGUGGGGUGGAUAUGAAUGACUUGGUCAUCGGUGGUCCUAGACGCCGCUAUGGACAGCGCUACACAGCAGGGGACUUCGAAGACGUUCUCAAUGAAGUAAAUAGAGGAAUUGAACUGUUUCGCAUGCUAUACCGCGGACAGAUGCCUGCGGAUGGUCAGAUGGGAUUCGCAGAGGAAGAUUUCGGCGAGGAUAUGGGGAUUGGUAGACGUCAGCCUCUUCAACGUCAAGGACAGUAUCGCCAGGAAAAUCCUGUUGGGCUCAGUGGGCCGCUUGUUGAAGGCUUUGGAGGAGGCAUUGGCGGAGCUGGAGGUCGCUAUGGAGUGCGCGGUGCAGGGCUCUUUGAUGACCUCGGUGACGGUCUCGGUGGUGGAUUUGGCCGGGGUGGCCGGGGAGGGAGAUGCUGA